AUGAGUCUACAUGGUGGGAGCGUGUUCAGCAGACUGAGCAAGCAGUCAGCGAUAAGGGACACGACCCAACUGGCCGUGCAUCUUAGCAACGACAAUGCCAUGCGAAGGCUUCUGCGAGACGGGGUUGGCAUCAACGAGAUGCAAAAGAAGUACCUCUCCCUGUGCUAUUCGGCCCGGUCGGCCGUACGGCCCAACAAGGACGUCGCGCAGAGCCUCGGCGGCGGCGAGCUGGUGUGGAACCUGACCGCCUGCGAGAAACAGGAGACUGCGGUCAUCGCGUCGCUGCUCAUGACGAAGGAGGCGCGGAUCGAGCUGCUCUCGCUUGUGAUCAGCGCCCACGAGGCCGGCCGCUCGUCGUCCGUGCGAAAAAGGGCGGGCGCGGCGACGACCGGCAGGCGGGGAUCGCUGGGGUCUCGCGGGGGAGGGUCGAGGGAGAUGGCGAUGGAGAGGGAUCCGGUGGGGGAGGUGGAGCUGUUCAACGCGCUGUGCAAGGCUCUACCGCAGUUAGAGGCUCUGAGAAGCCUGGAGCUGGAAGGGCUGAGGAAGUCUUUCGAAAUGUCCAAAGCGGGCGGCGGCGGGCCCGCCCGUCUCGCGAGGGGGCUCGCCAGAAACACGGGGCUCAAGUCCCUCGCCGUCCGCCACGUCCGCCUGACGGACUCGCGCGCCCUGGGCGCGCUGUCCACGGCCGUCAGCGUCCACCCUUCCCUAGUCGCCCUGUCCCUGCGGGGCUGCGGCCUCGUGGGCGAGGCGUCCGGCCGGCUGGUGUCCUCCGUCCUCAGGGCGCACGCGGCCCGGCGGGAGGGCCUGGUGUGGAGCGCCGGGCUGCGGCGGCCGACGGGGGUGGUGGGACACACGGCGGCCGCGGCCCCGGCGAGGAUCUCGACGGCGGGGUGCCUGGCGGUGGACCUGUCGGACAACCGCCUCGGCGACGCCGGGGUGCACGCCGUCGCGAGGGGCUUGCAGAGCGACACCUGGCUGCUGGGUGUGAACCUGGCGCGCAACGGGAUCACCGACCACGGGGCGGCCCUGCUGUCGGUGUGCCUGCAGCACAACGCCACGCUGUGCGCCCUCGUCCUGGACGGAAACCCGGAGGUCGGGCACGGAGCGGAGAGGCGCAUCACGGAGGAGCUGGAGACGAGGAGCAUGAUGCCGGAGGCAGUUCUUGAAGAACCCGAGGUUGUCCUGACCCUGGCUUCGUGGGGUUUCUCGGCCCACACGGGCGUCGACCGAGACUUGUCGCCUCCGACCCGGCCAGCUGCUGCAGUGGCCGGAAGCGGCUCGGUGGUGUCCGAGAUUUCUCAGGACAGUUUUGGCGGCGGCGGCGGCGGCAGCUUGGGCGGUGAUGGGUUUGGGGGCGCUACCAGGAGGGGUGGCGCUGCUAGUAGCGCGAUCGCGGCGAUUCCCACCUCUGUCCAAGCUAAGACACCCGCCGAACGCAAGGAAGAGAUGGUGCGCGAAUUCAGGCGAUGGGCGGGGUAUACCGCUUGCUCGAUGCGGCGCCCCGGUUCCGACGGCAUCGGCCUCGCAGACCCUUCAACGACAGAAGCAACGGCAACAGCGCCGCCAGCGUCGGGGCACGAGGGUGGCACGGUGGGUCGCCGGCCCGGACGGGGUCGGCGGAGCACCGCCGUUCUCCUGCGGGCAGAGAGUGGGGCGGGGGCGCCGGCCGCGGAAGCACCAUCGGGAGGAGGCAGGCGAGAAGGCGCCGCCACAGGCAGCCGUGCCCAUGCCCGGCCUCCUCGGGCACGGUCUCUUUCUUCCCGCUCGGCGGGGGCGGCGGCGGCGGCGGCGGCGGCGGUGGCGGUGACCCGCGCAACUGCUGGCUCAGACUGCAGCAGCGCAGGCGGCGGUCGGCUCGCGAAGAGGAACAAGUGGUCGGGGGGAGCUUGUUCUCCCGGGAGGGUGAGGGAGCGAGAACGGGAGCAAGCCCCGGGGCAUGGGAAGAGGGCGGCCCUCCUCCGCGAGAAAAAGGCGCCGUGGGGGGCGGGGCCCGGAAAAGGCGAGGUUCGGGAGAGGACCCAGGCCUGGGCCAACGCCCACCUGGCGGAUAGGACAGGGUGCUCAGGAGGAUGCUCUUCUGUGGGCUCGGGCUCGUGGCGUAGCCGCGUGCGGUCCAGGAAGGGGCGCGUUUCGGCGAACGGUUGCUAA